AUGGCCGAAGUGCAAAAUGGGCAACCUGAUGGACUGUUUGAAGACCCUCAUCUCCGCGAGACACGACCUGGGUUAGAUCUAUCGGGAUCGUUCCAGCCAAGUAGCUUUAACGGAGAGACGGUGCUAGCUAAUAAUACGAUGCCGCCCUCGGAGCUUAAUAUCCAGAGUGCAGACUUAGGUCACUUUGCCGAGUCGCAUCCAAGGUCGAAAAGAGUCCAAUUAUCAGAUGCCAAUGAUCUUGAUCAGAAUCAGGAUCAACCCACCGUUCCAGUGACAGCGGGUGUUGGCGUCAUUGAAGACCUGCAGAUGCGAGUCGUCAAGCUCGAGGAACAACUCCUCGCACUGCGUUCCCAAGGGACCUCCGGGCCGAUCAGAGAUAUCCCCGUGCAGAGUUCAUGGCCACAGGCCGAUACAACCCAGUCGAAUUCUGACUUCCUUGGAACUCUUGUAGUCAAGGGAUCUCGCUCCCGCUAUCAUGGACAGAACAACAGAGUCACACUACUCAACGAGUUUGCUGAUGCGAAAGAAUUCAUCAACCAGUGCUCCAGUGACUCGGCUCUCGUGGGACUGGCCAAAGAAGUGCAAUUUCUUCAGUCUAAGUCCCAAUUGGCGAUUUCUUCGCCGGAGUCACUCUCUUGCUUGGACACCUUACCUGAGACGCAGCAUCUCUUGGAAUCUCUACCACUAAAGCCUCUUUGUGACCAACUGCUUGAGGUCUACAUGAAGAAUUUUGAGAGGACGCUCAGAAUUGUUCACAUCCCUUCACUUUUGCGUCAGUACGAGGUCUUCUGGGACACUUCAGACCCCGAGAGUUCCACUCCUUCAGCAUCAUCUUUUGUCCCACUCCUUAUGUCAAUAUUGACUGUGGCUGCUUGUUUCGAGUCACCUCCACCUGCAUCUGAACACUCGGCAUCGUGGGAUGAUUUGAAGCAAAACGCACCUCGCCUCAUUCAAAAUUGGCUGAAGCAACUCCCACGGAAGAAAACAGUCGAGCUGUUCUCUCUUCAGGUGCAAACGCUUCACCUUCUCUCUUCUCAACUGCGCCUCGUAUCAGUUGAAGAACAAUGGAAGACAAGCGGUGCCCUCGUUCGAUCUGCCAUGACUAUGGGUCUUCAUGUCAAUCUCUCCAAAGCCACGAACCUGUCAUUUUACCAGGCAGAGGUCCGACGCAGACUAUGGAUUACCAUCGUUGAGGUGGAUCUUCAAGCGUCUAUUGCCUCAGGCAUGCCUGUCAUGACACCGGAUCUUGUUCUUGGCCCUCUAACUCCCAAUAAUCUCGACGAUGGAGACUUUGACGAAUCAACACCCGACUUGCCACAGUGCAAACCCUUGGAUGAAGAAACUGAUUCGUCUUCUCAAAUUGCCCUAGCAAAUUCUUUAUCCCAAAGAAUUAGAGUUAUGAAGACUGCGCAACAUACAAAUGCGCGUGACAGUCUUGAGGAGCGCAUUAAACUGGGACGUGAACUCGAGCAGAUUUUACAUAGUACUCCAUCCUACUUGAGGCCGGAUCCCGAAUUGGGAAGCCAUGACCCAUCUUUUGUCCUACAGAGUGUUAUUCUGGACCUUUAUCUCCGCCGUCCUCUACUCUGCCUCUAUCGCCCUGUUAUCAAUAACCCCCCCACCAAUUGUGACGACCCAUCGUUUCACGAAGUACAAAGAAUAUGUCUUGAAUCUUCACUGGCAAUUAUCUCCUACCAAGACCAAUUUGAUCCCGACAUUUCCGACCUCGAUGACUCUAAUUUGAACACGUACUGGAACGCGUUCGGCACACUCUUCCAGAAUGACAUCCUCUUGUCUGCUCUUAGCAUCUGCAAACACAUGAGACUCUCUAACCAACACUUAGCUAUUCAAUCACCAUCCAAUGCCUUUUCAUCUGAAAGUCCAGCCCAUUAUCAGAUGCAUAGCAAAGCUAGCCUGGUACACGCUGUUGAGAACACACUCGCCACUUUGACUCGUCGAAUCGGCGAGAAAGCCAGUAAUAUGAAAGAUGUUCUUCUUUUAGCAGUUGUCUUGCAUACGAUUCAGUCCAAUGAGGCUAUUUUGCCAUCUGAUACCCAGGCGCAGUUCACUUCUACUCCUCAGAUACCUGAUCUGUCACAAUCAUCUCUACUCGCGACCGAAUUCAAUAAUUUUGAGACUGAUCUAUUUUCGUUCGAUGAUGGGUCGUUCAUGUGGAAUUUAUGA